AUGGCAUUCCCAUCAGUAAGCAGAGAGGAUUUCGAGGCAGCCACCGUGCUCGCGCAACAGGCGCGUGCACGUCCACCAGUCGAAAGAGAAGAUCAUGCACUUUUCGACCGACUCGAACACGUGUUGUCCACCAGUGGCAGCAGCCCACAAACGGCCAAGCCGCGCGCUCCUCUACCCAGAGCCCCCACAGGGUCUGCCAGCAGGAAGCGCAAGUCGGAGUCCAGUCUCGAGGAUGACAUCGCCGCGUACAAGCAGAGCCUGGAUGAUAUCAUCGUCGAGGACAUGCCCAUGGAUCUCAGUUGCGACCAAGUCCGCACGCGGAUCAAUAAAGUUCUCGAUAGCAACAUUAUGAACAAGGGAGAGUUCUGUAAAGCUAUCGGAUGUGGGAAUGCUCCCGUCAACAACUUCCUCAAGAAGCACGGGCGGAUGGAAGGCGCCAACAGCGGCGUGUACACCAACGCGUGGGAGUGGUUCAAACAGCGGGAGGUCGCAGGCUUGAAGCUCCCGGAUGUCAAGAAGCGACAGAAGACUGAAGCCGCUGCCGCUGCCGCAGAGUCAAGCUCGAACAUAACUCCUGGCUUAGCAGCUAAGAAGCUCUCUGCCACGCCGGAUAUCAGCAAUAUUCACCUGAAGUGCGAGGAGACAGAUUCGGUCCCUGUCUUUGACACCUGCGACGAAAUUCGGAGGAAGAUCAACGCCCACUUGAAGACGCCCGGUUUGACGCAGGCGCAAUUCUGCCGAGAUCUUUUCAGCCAACUUAACACACCAAAGGUCAAAAGCAUUCAAAGCUCAACGCUGACCUCGUUCCGGGGCAAGAAAGGCCCGAAAGCCGGCUGUACCAGCACUGUUUUCUAUGCGGCAUAUGUCUACUUUGAGAAGCUGAGGAUCGCUCAAGGUAAGCCAAAGAACAAGCAUCGAGAAGACAUGGAGCGUAUUUGGGCAUGUCAAGGCGGUUUUGAUCUGGAAAACGACGGACGAGAGUCGUAUAUCGUCAUGUCUGGCGAAAGACCGUGCAUGAACCAGUAUGGCCAGGUAGGUCCUUUUUAG